CCUCCCACCACCACCACCUCCUCCUCCUCCCACUCUCCACCUCCCCCCUCCCCGUGACUCUUCUGUCCAUUCGGCAGCGCUGGCCGCUGCUCUCUUCUCGCUGCUGCUGCUGCUCCGCGCAGCGCCCGCUCGCUGUCACAACACGAUUGCAAUUAUUUGUUGAUGUUAAUGAUGUAUUUUGUUUUUUUACGUAUAUGCUAAAAUUUAUAUAUUUUAAAAAUGCAUGGAAUAAUCGAUAGCAACAGCGGCAACAUUUAAUCAUCGCUGCGACGCCGAAGGACGGUUGGAUAUUCUCCUCUGGAAGAUGCAGCUGCUGGUGAUGAUGAUGAUGACGCACGCAGAACCCGAGUUCUGUGCGCUGUAGCGCGUGAACUCUGCUCACUGAACUCUCAUCCCUACUGCACCACCACCACCUUUACCACUACCAUCUUUACUACCACCACCUUUACCACUACCUUUACCACUACCACCUUUACCACCACCACCUUUACCACUACCACCUUUACCACUACCACCUUUACCACCACCACCUUUACCACCGCCGCCGCCUUAACCACUACCACUUUUACCACCACCACCUUUACCACUACCACCUUUACCACCGCCGCCGCCUUAACCACUACCACCGCCACAAGCAACGUCAACUUCACGACCACGAGGUGCCGGGUGGCAGGAGGCGGCCCAUGCUGCUGCUGCUGCUGCUGACAUGAGCCGCGUCGUGGGGCAGAGAGUGGGACCCGAGGCCCUGCAGCAGCAACAGCAGCAGCAACAGCAGCAGCAGCAACAGCAGCAGCAGCAACAGCAGCAGCAACAGCAGCAGCUGAAUCAGCAGCUGCACAAACACCAAGACCAGCAGCAGCAGCAACAGCAGCAGAGCAAGCAAGAGGAGCAGCAGCGGGAACAACAACAGCAACAGCAUCACAAACAACGAGACCAGCAGCAGAUGAGCAAGCAAGCGGAACAGCAGCAGCAUCAGAGUCAUCAGCAUCAGAGUCAUCCGAGUGCGGGCUGCGAGGUGGUGCGCGCGAAGCGAGCCGCGCUGCGCUACGAUCGGCUGCGGGGCGCGUCCGGGGGCGCCGAGGCGAGCUGCUCGGGCUGCGUGCUCCCCUUCAGCCUCGUGGCGCUGCUCGUCGGAGCCGUCGACACGGCGGUGGCGUGCGCCUCGAGCCCCCGCGACUCGGUGGUGACGCUGCUGGGAGUCGCUCUGCUCGCGCUCGGGGCCGGCCUCCUCGUGGCGGUGGCCGCUUGCCGCGUGACCCGGCGGCGGCGGCGGCAGGGCGCCGACGAGAAGACCGCUUCGGGCCUCGGCGGCACGGGGACUCCUCCAGACGCCACCCUCGUGGUGGUGGCGGCUGUGUGAGCGCGUCGCGCGUCGCUCGUCGCUCGCGGGUGUUGGCGUCCGUUCUCCUCGUCCCGGUCGCGCGCGCCGCGAUGAGUCGCCGCGCGCGCGGCCGGGCGCGGGGCCCGUCUCCCCCGAGGAGUGCGCAGAAUCACUCGGGGCUCGGUCUCACGCCGUGCGCGUGAGGUCGUUUGCGCGCUGCACGCGUCCGAUGAUUGGUGAACACGUCCCGCCGUGGCCUGCAGGCGACGCGGGAGCGCGCCGAGAGAAGAUUUGCAGCCACGAGCAAGGAGCGCGGGGUGGACGGAGGAGUCGGCUCUUGCUGGAUGAUGAUGAUGAAGAUGAUUAUUGGUGAUGUCGUUGUUCGGAGGUGCGUGGCCUCGGUCGAGAAAAUUCCGAAUCCGUGUGCGGACCGACACGAGGGUGUGUGGACUAGCGGCGGGGUGGACGUGCCGCGUCUGCGACCACCGCCGCCGCCAGCAGCAGCAGCAGCAGCGUCACGUCCAGCGCACAGCGACUCGAACCCGCGACUCUUCUUGCGGAGGAAAGGCAGAGAGGCGGCUGGCUGUCUCUAGCUGUCCUUGGCUGUCUCUAGCUGUCCCUAGCUGUCUCUAGCUGUCCCUGGCUGUCUCUAGCUGUCUCUGGCUGUCUCUGUUUCAAUCCGUCUCUGGCUCUGACUCUCUCCGUCGCGAGCUGGCUGUCCCUGACUCGGCUCCGACUUGUCUCUCACUCGAUCUGCCUUGUCUAAGCCUCUGUGUGUGGGCGAAGCGAGGCUGGAACACGGACGGCACGAACCAUCGACGCGUACAGGAGCAGCAGCAGCAACAGACAUCGAGCGGCAGCUGCGUCGGUCGUGGCGCGUUUCGUGCGCUCGCAGUGCAUGCCGAGAGUGGCCUUUAUAUCAAUACACUGCUGGAUUGGGGGGGGGGGGGGGGUUGACCAUACUUCACCACGCUGGUCUUUGCAGAUUGGUGAGGAGGAGGGGAGCAUUGUCGCGGGAGCAUCGAAGUACAUUAUACAUACACCACGCAGAGCAGCCACCGCUGCCGGCGAUGGCAACUUGGCAUGCACGGCGGUCGAUCCAAUCCGGACACGUUCCAGGCCGAGUCCCGCUUAGCUUCCGCUGAUCUCAGGCGCGCUAUGAACACAGAAUACGAUCUGACGAGAUUGGGAGCAUUCCGCUAAUUGGUGCACAGGCACACAUUCCACUAACAACAUUGUACACCUUUGUCAUUAACUCCGCAUUAGAGCAGAUCAAUAUACAACUGGCUGACGUUUCGCGCAAUGGCUCUUCUUCAGUAGAGAGAGAGCUGUAACGGAGCGGUGGCGCAGCGGUUCGCGCCGUUGCGCUAUGAACCCGGCGACCCGAGUUCAGUUCCCGAGCACGGCUGUCAUCAGUGGCGAGUGUGAUCGGAACCCGUAAUACGGUUGGUGAAAGAACCAAUUCAUGCGCCAGUUUAAAACUGUUGGUGAAGGAGACACUCCCAGCCACGAGUGAGCCCAUCCAUCUGCGCCGUCUCUAAAUCCUGAACAAGGGUCAUUGCCCGAAACGUUAGCCAAUUAUAUAUAUCGAGCGGUAGCUCAUGAGAAGUGAUGUUUUGUCUGCUCCGUGUGCUGGUGUUUGUUGAUCGAAAUGGAUUCACGUCGUCAACACACUCGGCUCUGAUGUUGUAGCUGCAGUCAAGGACAGUGCGUGCGGAUCUGCCAGACACGAUUGAACCUUCUCGUGCAUUCGCUUGUUAAAUGCAAAACUGUUGUUUGGUUCUGUCUGAUUUUAGAAGACAAAUUAACUACAAAAUGCGUUCAAAUGUAUAUCAUAUAAUUGCAUAGCAAUCAUACACACGUGUACUGUAUAUCGUAGCAGUCCACCAACUGUGAACAUGAUGCAUGAGAAAGCCAGUGAGACAGACUUUGAUUUGCGUGCCUCGGCGGUGAGAUGUUAACUACCUCGCCUGGUAUACAGGAGGUCGUGGGCUCGACCCUGACGCCUGCUGCUGUAUAUGUUUGGAGUUUGCAUGUCUCUCGCCGUGGUCGCGCGGAUUCUUCUCCGGCUCCUCCGGCUUCCCUCCCCCUGCCCCCUCACAUUUAGAAACCAACAUCACGAGUUUAGAGUAUUGUGCUGCUAGAAAUGUCCACGUGAUGAAAAGCCACUUCGAUGAGCGAGCUAUCGUUUGUGAUAGCCACGUCUCUGGCCAGCUCCCUGGCCACAAAUUCUCGAGCUCAGUGAGCCUUCAAUUUUUUAGUUUAGACUUUCAGGAGCGCCGUAGUGAUGACGUCGCCGUGGAGGAGCGACUGCGGUGGGUCCCAAGACGCCACUUUAGCGACUCUCUGUGCCCGAGUUGGUGCGGGGCAGCUCUGGGUCAAGGCACGAGACUUUGCUGCUGCUGCUGUUGUUCGCGUCUUGGGCCAUGGCCACGUCUGUGCGGGUGUUCGGAGAAGGGAUUUGUGAUUGACAAAACAUCGACAGCCGUAACAACAACAACGAAAAACAACUGCAACUUGACAGUCUGUGUGUCAGUGGGUCAUUCACAGAGCUACAUUGAGAAAUGCGCCUUUGAUCCAGAGUCGAGUGAGGGUUCAUUCUGAUCGGAUGGAACCAGGGACCCACCGUAUGGAUGAUGAUGAUGAUGGUCUAUGUUUACCCUUUAGACCUCGAGCCUAGGUGUAACAACAACGACAACAAAAAAUCGUGGUCGAAAAUUGAAAUCCGCUCCGCAAGUUCCUGGCCACCGCGUGCGACCGAGACAAAGCGAAUCGCUUCAGUUGGCAAAACAAUUCGUGAACGGGUGAUCCAGUGCGACGUUUGUGUCGGCUGAAUGAGUGACGGAGCCGUCGAUGGGACCACGGACGUUCUCCGAGGGAGGACGAAGCGUACCGAGCCAGCGGAACGUCGCCGUGAGACGCGGAGAGGGUUGCCUCCGUGCAGAGGUCGCAAACGGGUUUUGAUUCCUUACCCGUACCCGGCCGCACCAGGGUCGCAAACGGGUACUCGUACCCGGCCGUACCCGUACCCUACCCGUACCCAGCUGGGUACGGAUAGGGUACGGGUAUCGGGUACCUGAUUGCGACCUCUGGGAUGAAGCCAUGUUGCAGGCGCGGGUGGGUUGAUUCUAGGAACUUGAAUUGUGAGAAGAGACAAGACGUUGGGAAAUGAGUGACAAACAGUUACUCACCAGUGACUCACGGCCUACCCGUACCCGGCCGCACCAGGGUCGCAAACGGGUACCCGUACCCGGCCGGGUACGGGUAGCCGGGUAUCGGGUAGGGUACGGGUAUCGGGUACCCGGUUGCGACCUCUGCCUCCAUGGCUUCGAUCGCUCACCACGAUAUUUGUGACAUCGACCAUUCGUGAGAUCGUCGCACGAUUCUUCCAUCAAGUCAUCGGCUGCACCGAAUCGGACUCUUCUCGAGGGCUGGUGCAGCGCACACAAAGGAAGGGACCGGCUCCGAACCCACCCAGCCCCUCCCCCCUCACCCUCCUUACAAGAACCCCCCACCCCUCUUAACAAUAACAACACGAAGCAGAAGAAAUAACAGAAACAAGACGAAGAAACUUCCUCGAGGAGCGGACCGCGCCUCGUGGCGCCGAAAGAGGAGGAGCGGCCGCUGCUGCCGCCGCUGCUGCUGCUGAUGAUGUUGUUUGUUUCUGUUGACGAUGUUGUUGUCGUUUGUUGUUGAUGCUGCGGUUCGGUGUUGAACCUGGCCCCGUGGCGGCGCGCGCUCUAUUUAUCAGUCGCAUUGUUUCUAAAUAUUUAUAGCGCAAUAGCGGGCGAGAGUAAGUCACUGAUUGUGACCACAGUUACACGUCU